AUGCCUUUCCCUGUACUCCGUACUCCAUUCGUCGUGCUCUCAGAAAUCAUCAGUGUAUUGGAACCGAGGGAAAUAGUGACUGCCUCCUUCUGCUCCAUAAAAAUGGAACGUCUUCUAAGAAGUCAUUAUCAACAAAGGAAACCAUUGGAAUGGAAAUUAUUCAUGUUAGAUUAUGACUCUUAUGGAUGCGUCGAAAUUGCAAAAUCAAAAAUGAACAUCAGAACAGCGGUUAUGAUGACGAGACACAUCGCAGAAUUAGGAGUAGCACACAGAUCGGACAAACUCCGUUUCUCACCGGAAUGCUCGAUUUUAUAUACCAAAGAUCGAGUGUUCGGAACGAAACUUAUCGUGGAUUAUGUCACUGAUCUGUUUGAUCUAGACGUUUACGGGUUAGUCAUUGAUAGAACCUGUACUUGGGCAAUCGAUUGGAUCAAUACUCGACAGGAGAAGAUGCUGGGUGGUAUGGGAUUGUCUGCCAACUUGAAACAUAAUUGGUAUGCAGACGCAACAGUGGAUUAUGUGCUUAGAAAAGUAUGCGCUACUAAGUGUUUAAGCAUCCGUGACAACGUUUCCGACCAUUUUCGAUUUGAUGGAAAACUGGGACCAGCAGAGCAUUUGGUAAUCCAGCCAUACGGUCACUGGGUCACUAUUAACAACUUGAUGAACUACGAUUUCAAUAAUAUCCUGAUCACAGGCUCCAGUCUCUCCGUCUCUGAUUUCAAUUCAUUUUUAAGACACUGGCGUGCCGGUGGCUCACCCCGAUUGGCGUUUCUAGAAGUGUAUUUUGAAAAUGAUCUGACAAUUUUCGACAACUUUGAUGAAGACCUGGAAAUUGUGGAAACGAACGAAGUGAGAAGAUAUCGUGUAGUUGCUGAUGAGGAUCGCGAGUUUGAAAUUCAAGGAGGCUACAGUAUCCAACGCACGGACGGUGUGAAGGCAACGAUAAAUUGUGAUAUCCGAAUGUUUACGAUGGUUGUUUGGCAUGCGGAUCGGAAUUGA